CGGAAGCACAGGGGAUCCUGAAAGGGCCAUUGCUUGGUGCACGGUGUCGCAGUCCUACCAGAUCUUUAUAGUAGAUCCCAUCUAACGGAGCCAUGCUUCCUAUGCAAACGGCCCGACCACCGGGUGAGCCUUUGGGAUCGACCUCUUUAUCUACAAACCUUCCCCACGUGCAGACACGGUGGGCUCCGGCGACUCUCACCUGCCGAAGACAGUUGGGCGCCGGUGUUCCUGGUCGGAUUCGUUCCUUGGUGUUUCCUUGGUGUUUCCUUGGUGUGUCUUGGUGCGCAGAUCCCCCCUGCAUGAUGACGAGAGAAGCCGAAUCAUUAAGAAACGUUGCAAGGCUGAUAUGUGAGAGCCCUGGUCUGUGCUCAUCCCAGCAUCACCCCCUCCUUUCGCCAUCAAUCUCGGUCUCCUUAGUCCUACGACAGAUAUGCAACCUCAAUUCAGCUAAAUUCUAAGUAUAUAUAAUAAAACCGCCUGAAGGACUUCAUACGGUUGCACCUAGCCGUAAAUUUGCCGUUGCAUCGACAGCAGUUGAGGGUCAGUAGCUUCUCGACCGUUCCUAUCAACGCGUAUGUCCACCUCUAUCAGCUUCGUCUUAUAGGUACGAGCCAAUGACAUGCGACGCGCAUACUACUUGACCUAU